AUGGGCGCCACCCCGUUCCAUCGAUCCAUCCUCGAAGUCCAGUUGCCGAAGCACUUCGACAAACCAAAGGACAUGAGGUACGAUGGAACCCAAGACCCUCUGGAACACCUCACAGCCUUCGAAGCUAGGAUGAAUCUGGAGGGAGUAGGGGACGAGGUGAGAUGCCGAGCCUUCCCGGUGACCCUAGCAGGACCCGCGAUCAGAUGGUUUAACGGCCUCCCGCAGGGGUCCAUCUAUGGGUUUUCGGACAUCAGCCGCGCCUUCCUAGCCCAAUUCACAACACGAAUAGCAAAGGCAAAGCACCCGAUCAACCUUCUGGGGAUAACCCAGAGACAAGGAGAGCCGACCAGAAAAUACCUGGACCGGUUCAACGACGAAUGCCUGGAAAUUGACGGCCUAACCGAUUCAGUGGUCAGCCUUUGUCUGACGAACGGCCUCCUCAACGAGGACUUUCGAAAGCACCUUACCACGAAACCAGUUUGGACGAUGCACGAGAUCCAAACGGUAGCCAAGGAGUACAUAAAUGACGAAGAAGUCAGCCAAGUUGUUGCUGCCAAUAAACGGCACUCCGGCUACAACCAACCUAGGUAA